AUGGCCUCUGUGGAUAGCAUCUCCGACCCAUCUACUGCUGUAGACAUGAACGAUGCCCAACCAGAUCAUGUGCAGCCACUGUUGACCAGCCAUAUGUCCCUCGAGGCUCCAUUACCCGCCUAUUGGUGGGGUGAUGGCGACUUCUCCGGUAUACCGAAAAUGGACCAUGCAUUCGCGGAUAACCUCUUCCCGUACCCCCAUGCAAUGGGUGCUGCGUCUUUCCCCGGGAAUGACAGUUUGGUGAUUUCUUCGGCCAUCCUGCCGACAGAGAGUGACUUCUUCAGUGGUGCAGCCUCGCUGCGCAGUGGAUCACUGCUCGGCGCUUCUGUUCCAUUGCAGGAUGGCUCCCAGUCGGGAUCGCUCUCCAUGACCCAGCAGAGUCAACGUAUGACAGACGAGGAGGUGAGUUCUCUGGGGCGGACGGUCCGGGUCACCUCAUCUUCCGCCACUCCUUCACCGUCGGGCUCGGGCGACACAUGCGCAAAGACCCGAGCAGUCUGUGUCAGUAGGCGCAAUGGCAUCUGCGCGAAUACCCAGGUCUCAUCUUUGACUGGGACUUCUGGUCGCCAUUCGUGCAUCACCGACUGGACCAUUGUCCUCUGGGGGGGCAUGGUGGAGCCUAUGGCCAAUGCCUUGGCAUGUGUUGAGGCGUAUGCCAGUUCCGCGGGGCCGAACUCAGGCUUUGUCCAUCGCAUGAUCACGCUGGAACGCGAACGGCUGGUACGGAAGUUCAACACAUACACCAACACCCCCGAGACCUGUCUGGAUGCCCUGCAUGCGGUUUGUAUUUACCAGACCUCGGGCCUCUUUGGUGACCAAUUCUUGCCGGCGGUCAUUAAGAAGACACGCUUCCCACCGGACGGCGAGGGACGACCGCAGGAUGAAUUCGUGAAGGCGGCGGAAGGCCAGAGCUCAUUUCUCUUAAAGACGACCCGGCGUCUGGACCGUCUCCACGCGAAAACUAUGCAUAUCCACCACCAGGACAAGAGUGACUGGGACCGAUGGAAGUUUAUCGGAUCCCUGCGUCGCAACCUGCUCUUCAUGCACAUCAUCAACGUGUUAGAGUCCAAGACGCGGAAGCUGAACGAGACGUAUUUUUAG